GGUGGGGGGAGGGCCGGGUAGCGACAGCGCUUUCGAGCGGUUGCGGGCGGCCUGGCUGCGGGACCGCGCCUGCGGCGAGAUGGCGGUCCUGGGCGCCGAGGGCUAAGGCGCCGCCGCCUGGGGACGCGCCUCUACGAGCUCGGGAGCCGACUAUGAGCUCCUUGAAAGAAGGAAUCGUGUCUUACUCAUCUUUAUAUCCCCAGCAUCCAGUACAGUUCCUGGUACAGAGUUUAAGCUGAAUUUUGGGACAUGGCCACUGCUUCACCAAGGACUGAUACUAGUAAUAACCACAGUGGAAGGUUACAGUUACAGGUAACUGUUUCUAGUGCCAAACUAAAAAGAAAAAAGAACUGGUUUGGAACAGCAAUAUAUACAGAAGUAGUUGUAGAUGGAGAAAUUAAGAAAACAGCAAAAUCCAGCAGUUCUUCUAAUCCAAAAUGGGAUGAACAACUAACUGUAAAUGUGACCCCACAGACCACAUUGGAAUUUCGAGUUUGGAGUCAUCACACUUUGAAAGCAGAUGCUUUAUUAGGAAGAGCAACAGUAGAUCUGAAACAGGUUCUGUUAGUACACAACAGAAAGUUGGAAAGAGUGAAAGAACAAUUAAAACUUUGCUUGGAAAACAAGAAUGGCAUAGUGCAAACUGGAGAAUUAACGGUUGUGCUGGAUGGAUUGGUGAUUGAGCCGGAAAAUCUAACGAGCUGCAACUCACCUCCAACCAUAGAAAUACAGCAAAAUGGUGAUGCCUUACAUGAAAAUGGAGAGCCGUCAGCCAGGACAACGACCAGGUUGGCUCCUGAAGGUUCAAAUGGAAUAGAUAACCAUGCACCUUCCAAUGCUGUGGUGCAAAAUUCAUGCUGUUCACAUGUAAUUAAUGGAGACAGUGCACCUUCAUCUGCAUUUCAGGGUUCCGCCAGACCGCAAAACACACCAGCUCCCAAACCACUCACAACUGAACCAGCCAGUGAUGCUGUUAAUGGAGAAUCAACCUCACUUGCACCAACUGAUGGCCCUCUUGACACAGGGACUGCGGUCCCUGAGGAUGGAGCCUCGUCAUCAAGUUGUACGGGAACCACUCAUGAGGAGGCCCCUGUUCCAGAAGUGCCGGUGUCCUCGGAGCACAAUGGAUGCGUCCUCUCUGAUGGCAUGACAUUUGGGUCUGGGGCUGGUGGUGACCUAGACCCUGCUGCCUCUGCUUCUGGAAAUAGCUCUGCCUUUGAAGCAGUCAAAUUAAGGCAGCCGGGUGGGUGUGUGGAGCCUGGGAGGAACGCCAGCACAGAAACCCUGCCCUCAGGAUGGGAGCAGAGAAAAGACCCUCAUGGGAGAACCUAUUAUGUGGAUCAUAAUACUAGAACGACCACGUGGGAGAGACCACAGCCUUUACCUCCAGGCUGGGAGAGAAGAGUGGAUGACCGUGGCAGGGUGUACUAUGUCGACCACAAUACCAGGACAACCACAUGGCAGCGGCCAACCCUGGAGUCGGUGCGGGACUUUGAACAGUGGCAGUCGCAGCGCAGCCAGCUCCAGGGUGCCCUGCAGCAGUUUAACCAGCGCUACCUCUACUCAGCUUCAAUGUUAGCUGCAGAAAAUGACCCCUACGGGCCUUUGCCACCAGGCUGGGAAAAAAGAGUAGAUUCAACAGACAGAGUUUACUUCGUGAAUCAUAACACAAAAACCACGCAAUGGGAAGAUCCAAGAACUCAAGGCUUACAGAAUGAAGAGCCCCUGCCAGAAGGCUGGGAGAUUAGGUAUACUCGGGAAGGUGUGCGGUACUUUGUCGAUCAUAACACCAGAACAACAACGUUCAAAGAUCCUCGCAAUGGGAAAUCAUCUGUAACUAAAGGUGGUCCACAGAUUGCUUACGAACGCAGCUUUAGGUGGAAGCUUGCUCACUUCCGUUACCUAUGCCAGUCCAAUGCACUACCCAGUCACGUAAAGAUAAACGUGUCCCGGCAGACAUUGUUCGAAGAUUCCUUUCAGCAGAUUAUGGCAUUAAAACCCUAUGACUUGAGAAGGCGAUUAUAUGUAAUAUUUAGAGGAGAAGAAGGACUUGAUUAUGGUGGUUUAGCAAGAGAAUGGUUUUUCUUGCUCUCACAUGAAGUCCUGAAUCCCAUGUAUUGCUUGUUCGAGUACGCUGGCAAAAACAACUACUGUCUGCAGAUCAAUCCUGCAUCCACCAUCAAUCCAGACCACCUUUCCUAUUUCUGCUUCAUCGGUCGCUUCAUUGCCAUGGCACUUUUCCAUGGAAAGUUUAUUGAUACUGGGUUCUCUUUACCAUUCUACAAGCGUAUGCUAAGUAAAAAACUGACGAUUAAGGAUUUGGAAUCCAUUGAUACUGAAUUUUAUAAUUCCCUUAUCUGGAUAAGAGACAACAACAUUGAAGAAUGUGGCUUAGAAAUGUACUUUUCUGUUGACAUGGAGAUUUUGGGAAAAGUUACCUCCCAUGACCUGAAGCUGGGAGGUGCCAAUAUCCUGGUGACUGAGGACAACAAGGACGAGUACAUUGGUUUAAUGACAGAAUGGCGUUUUUCUCGAGGAGUGCAAGAGCAGACCAAAGCUUUCCUGGAUGGUUUCAAUGAAGUUGUUCCUCUUCAGUGGCUGCAGUACUUUGAUGAAAAAGAAUUGGAGGUUAUGCUCUGUGGCAUGCAGGAGGUGGACCUGGCCGACUGGCAGAGAAAUACUGUGUAUCGGCAUUACACAAGAAACAGCAAGCAGAUCAUUUGGUUUUGGCAGUUUGUGAAAGAGACAGAUAAUGAGGUGAGAAUGCGUCUACUACAGUUUGUCACGGGGACCUGCCGCCUGCCUCUUGGAGGCUUCGCUGAGCUCAUGGGAAGUAAUGGGCCUCAAAAAUUUUGCAUUGAAAAAGUUGGGAAAGACACCUGGUUACCAAGGAGCCACACAUGUUUUAAUCGCUUGGAUCUGCCACCAUACAAGAGUUACGAGCAACUGAAGGAAAAACUUCUUUUUGCAAUAGAAGAAACAGAGGGAUUUGGACAAGAAUAAAUGAGGCUUCUCAUCUUGGGGAACUUUGGUGUUCACAUACAGCAGCCAAGAAAAACUGCACAGAUAAGUGUAAAUAAGCUGUUCAUUCUGUACAGUGAAUUUUCUGAACGUCUCAAAGUAUAAAUGUUUUCUGUUCUUACACAGAAGUAUGCAAAAGAACUCAUCCUUUUCUACUUUAUUUAUUAUUCCCUUAAACUGGCUGACCAGGGAAAAGAUCACCCUUAAAUUCUGAAGCAAGAGACUUUAUUAAAAAUAAGUAUCUACCUUAGCGUGCCAGGAAGUGGCUCUAGUUUUAUAGAGCUCCUCAACUGCAUCGCCACAGCAGUGCCCCUGCAGAAGCAGUCUGGCUGGCUUCACCUCCGUUCUGCCCCUCACGUGACAUAUCCCAUGUGGUGUGUGCGUCUGUUCAGGAAGGGACUGAUGCCCAGGCCAAAUUUGAGUUUGAGUUUCUUAACUAAUGCUGCUGAAGACAGGUGCUCAAACCUGUUGAUUUAGUUUAAAUAAAUACAAUAGUUGAAAAUUUCCCUUCUCUCCUGCACCACUAAAGCAAUGAAUGAAAAGAAAGCAUCCUUAUGUGAAAGUCAUGUACUAACCAGACCCAGCACCAUACAGUCUCGUCUAGAGAUGAGAAGGAUUCCACUGAGAAGCAUAGAGUUUUGUUUACAUGUUCCUUCAGGAUACUGGGUGUUUGUGGGAUUAAAAGAUAAUCAGGCACAUCUUGUACUUUUGUUUUUAAAUGUGAUAGUCUUUAAAUUUAAUUCAUAAUAAAUUGAUGCAAUUUGAUACUUAGGGACAUAAAAAAGGUAAUGUGAACUUUUCCAUUUUUGUUUGUGUUCAAAGUUUUAUUAGUUCAUUAAACCAGAUGGACUGAAGAGUUCCUAAGCAUUUGAACUCAAACAAA